AUGCCGUCAGACGAGUACACUUCAGUCGCCCGCGGACCACUCAAGCUCAAGGGCACCGCGGGUGUGACUAAAAAAAAGAAGAAAAAGAAUAAGACCGAUCUCGAAAAGAACUUGUCCACGGGCGGCAGCGGCAGUGGCAGUGCUAGCGAGACGGCGCUCGUGAAGGGGGAGGACGAGGGGAAGGAGAAAGACCCUGAAAAUGCACAGCAGGAGGAGAAGAAGGAAGAGGAGGAGGAAGUGUACAAGACUGAGGCGGAGAAGCGCUUCUUGGAGGCCAAGCGCAAGAGGCUGCUCAAAACACACAAGCAGCGUGUGGAAGAGCUCAAUGCCCAUCUCGCUCGCCUGACCGACCACCACGACAUGCCCAAGAUCGGCCCGGGCUAA